GACCGCCGAUUACAUGACUCUUAAUCGUAUUGCCGUUUUUAAUCUCUUGUCAUAUAGUUGGAAUUUAAUGAUUCAAUAACUAUUUCUGCUGUUACAGUUUUGAUGCCCGUUGUUCGUCUAAUAUUCUGUUUUAUGGAUUUAUACACAACUUUAGAGGAACUUGAAUGCGGCGAUUUGAGGUUCCUUCACAACUUAAAUCGGGAAAUAAACAUCUGCUGCUGACAGGACGCCGACCUGCUGUGACCGGCUCUUUUUAUCCGGUGCUUUUCAUCGUGGUUUAUUCGUCUGUGUAAAAAUGGAAGCGGCCAGGAAGCCAUUGAGCUCAACUCUCUUUUACAAUUGAAGAAGUGGUGAGAGAUUCUCGCAGGAGACAAUCUUCUCAAAGCCAUCCGUCAGCCGGACAAGUCGGCCGGACACUUAUUUGCAAAACUAAAAAAACACAAGAUUUAGUGCCUUGGAAAGUAAUCUUGUAAAUUAAACUCGUAAAAGUCAGCGAGUGUGAGACCUUCUCCGCCACAUUAUCUCAUAUUACCACUUCCAAAUUGUCUGGACCAGUUUAAGAGAGAUGUGGCGGUUUUAUUGUGUUUCUCUCGUUUCAAAGCUUCUUUUUUUGGGGGAAAGUGAUGAAAAUAAUGUUUCCGUUCUUGUGUUUGCCUGCUCACGUAUUUACACACACACACGUACGCACACACUCGCGGGGUCUUUGGCGUCGUGAACUGAAUUGCCCUCGACUCGUAAUUGCUUUCUUCUCGUCCGACUGACUGGGAUUCCCGCACCAGUAAAAGAUUUUUUUUUUUUUUUUAAACGUCCAGACAAAAGGACGUCGACGACAAAGAGCGCCGGGUCCCCGUUGUUCCUCCUUUCACAUGGUUACCAGACUCGCCGCUGCUCCCCUGUAGGAAGAGGCGGUUGUAAGAUGUUUACCAACAGGACGUAGGCGGUAACAUACGUGUUACCUUGGACUCCCCUCGACUCCCUCUAUUCAUGCGUGGAAUCUCAUUGUUGGUGCGCACAUCAUUCAGGCUGCUGUUUUAAGGCCAGAGGGAGGCUCCUCAUUCAGCAGAGCUGCUGAGUGGAGUAAGAGAAGAGGGGGGCACUACGUCUUGCGGUGACAGCGAGCUGUGGUUGGAUCGUCCCCGGGGAGAUUUUUUUUUUUACAGCGCUUCAGGGGGAAGAGGACCAACAAGGUAGUGGCCGAGUGGCGGAGAGGAAGCCAGAGGGAGCGUCCCGGGAAGAUGGCACCUGCCAGUUUGGUUCUUCUCGCCUGGUUACUGUUCACCAUGAGGAUGGUCACCGCGGCGGUGCAUCUGGAGCCGGAGGAGGAGGAGCUCAACGACACCGUCAUCUGUAACAACGACCACAUGGAGGUCGUUAUCCCCAGCGCUUUCUUCCUCAACAAGGUGCCUCCAGUUUAUGUUGAGGAUUUGCAUUUGAAUGAUCCGGAGUGCCGUGGCGUCGAGGUCGGAGACGACUACGUCUUCAGCAUCAAGACGAAUCUCUCCGACUGCGGAACCAUAAUGGCCUCAGAUGAGUCCCACAUCAUGUUCAUAAACACGAUACACAACAACGAUUCAGAUGUUAUAACGAGGAACUAUAUCAACAUAACGUUCGUGUGCCGCUACCCCAUCAACUACCUGGUCCAACAGCCCAACGGGGAGAACAUGAUCAGAGUCGACAUCCGCACCAUCACUUUGAACACGGAGGACGGAAACUUCUCCGUGUCGAUGUUGCUGUACAAAGACGACGCGUUCGAGGACAGGUGGACCACGGUGCCGUCGCUGACGCUGGAGGACGACAUCUUUGUGAAAGUCUUCAUGAUACCGGGCCACCUGAUGCUGCGUGUGGAGAGAUGCUGGGCCACGCCGACCAGCGAUCCGUACAGUAAUAUUCAGUACACCUUCAUCGGAGACAGCUGCCCGGUGUUGGCCAAUGAACAGACCCUGAGCGUGCUGAAGAACGGCCAGGGCCCGGAGGCCACCUUCAGGAUACAAAUGUUCAAGUUUGUCGGCAGCUCUUACACCAACGUCUUCCUCCACUGCAACGUCCAGAUCUGCCACAACACCCCGGGAGUGUGUCAGCCUAACUGUUCCAGUGAAGAUGAAUUAAUCAGGACCCGCAGAGACAUCCCUCUGUCCCAUACAGUGUCUUAUGGACCAAUCAGACGGCUACUAGGCGGUGAAAAGCCCAGUCUGAAUGCGGGCAGAUACCCUCACGUGGAGACUUUUGUCCUCGGGGGGCUGCUGGUCGUCUUGCUGCUGGUCACCGGCGUGUUUGGGAAGCUGUGGCUUCGCUCCCGGCGGUUCUACCCGGCGCGGGACGCUCAGCUCACUCUGUCCAACAUGCAACACCUCUCAGAGGUGGCCUCGUGAAUCUGGGGCCUUUUUUCUUAACCAAUAAAAUGACCACACAGGCAUGUCAAAUUAUUAUUACAAUAAUAAAAUAAUCUCCCUCAA